GAGGCCGGCCUGCCGCCACCAGCGCGCGGGGCAGCCGGGCGGGGAGGCGCCCGUCGCCCUCGGGCAGGAAGAGGAGCGGUGCCGGCCGGGCCAGCUAUGCCUCCUGCGGCUGCGGUUCCCGCCGGCGCCGCCGUGCCCGCGGCCUCGCGGACGCAGCCGGCUCCCGGAGGCGCUGAGCUCUGAGGCCGGGCCUAGCGCCCGCCGCGGCCGCGCAGGAGGGGCCCAGGGCCCGCGCCGCCGCCUUCGCUUCCCUCCCGCGCCCGGCCGGCCUCGGCUCGUGCCCUCUGCUGCCCGCCGCCAUGGCCGCCGCCGCCCGGGAGAGCGCGGGCUCGGGGCGCCUCCGGGCGCUGCGCGGGCUGCUGCUGCUCUGCCUGUGGCUGCCGAGCGGCCGCGCGGCCGAGCCGCCGGCGGCGCCGCUGUCCGAGCUGCACGCGCAGCUGUCGGGCGUGGAGCAGCUGCUGGAGGAGUUCCGCCGGCAGCUGCAGCAGGAGCGGCCGCAGGAGGAGCUGGAGCUGGAGCUGCGCGCCGGCGGCGGCCCCCAGGAGGACUGCCCGGGCCAGGGCGGCGGCGGCUUCAGCGCCAUGCCGGACGCCAUCAUCCGCACCAAGGACUCCAUCGCGGCGGGCGCCAGCUUCCUGCGGGCGCCGGCGGCCGUGCGGGACUGGCGGCAGUGCGUGGCGGCCUGCUGCUCCGAGCCGCGCUGCUCCGUGGCCGUGGUGGAGCUGCCCCGGCGGCCCGCGCCCCCGGCCUCCGCGCUCGCCUGCUACCUCUUCAACUGCACGGCGCGCGGCCGCAGCGUCUGCAAGUUCGCGCUGCACCGCGGCUACAGCAGCUACAGCCUCAGCCGCGCCCGGGACCGCGGCCGGGGCGGCCUGGAGGCCGGCGAUCCCGCCCGGGCCACUGCCCGCGGCUUGCCCGAGCUGGACGAGGAUGAGCCUCCACUUAGCAAGGCCGGGCAGGAUGUGGUUUUGCGUCUGCCGACAGACGGGGUGACGUUGGAUGGCCGAGAGAGCACAGAUGACCAUGCCAUUGUCCAGUACGAGUGGGCGCUGCUGCAGGGUGACCCGUCAGUGGACAUGAAGGUGCCUCAAUCAGGGACCCUGAAGCUGUCCCACCUACAGAAAGGAACGUACACCUUCCAGCUGACCGUGACCGACACUGCCGGGCAGAGAAGCUCUGACAACGUGUCUGUGACGGUGCUUACCACAGAUUACUCCACGGGAGGGUGUUUGCAGGUUUGCUCGCGCUACCACUUCUUCUGUGACAACGGCUGCUGCAUUGACAUCACCCUGGCUUGCGAUGGAGUGCCGCAGUGUCCCGAUGGGUCUGAUGAAGACUUCUGCCAAAAUCUGGGCCUUGACCGAAAGACGGUGACCCACACGGCCACGAGUCCUGCCCAGCCGAGAACCACAGGGCUGAGUGAAGAGGCAGAGGGGGACUCCUUAUUGGAAAAGUCCCAGAAAGCCACUGCCCCAAACCAGCCACCCGCAUUAUCGAACACAGAGAAGAGGAAUCAUUCUGCCUUUUGGGGACCAGCAAGUCAAGUAAUUCCUGUGAUGCCAGGGUGGUCACUACCUUCUUUUACCAGGGUCACGCUGGCUUCUUUUCCUUUCCCGACCGUCACUGUUCUGGAGGGAAGUGGGGCUUCUGCCACUGCAGUGAGGUGGACGGGAGCAGAAAGCAAUUUGGAAGAUAGUAGUUCCUCAGGGAAGAAGAGAAAAGAGGAAAAUUACAUCUUUGAGUCAAAGGGCGAUCGAGGAGGUGGGGAACACCCAGCCCCGGAAGCAGGUGCAGUGCUACCCCUGGCAUUGGGUUUGGCUAUCACUGCUUUGCUGCUUCUCAUGGUUGCUUGCAGACUACGACUGGUGAAACAGAAACUUAAAAAAGCUCGUCCCAUUACAUCUGAGGAAUCGGACUACCUCAUAAAUGGGAUGUAUCUAUAAUAAAUGUAAUUUAAAUAGCUUUGGAGCAAAGAUGUGUUUCACGUAUAAUUUAUACAUAUAUUAUGUUCUGGGUAUUUACAACUUCUUUUGUUUUUAAAUGGGCUAGAAGAUUCUGCAAAUGCCAAAUCUUGUCUUUAUAUUUAUUAUAGAAAGGUUUUCCGUAGACAGUAUGAAAUCUUUUGAAAUUUAGAGCGGAAUUAAUAUGAUUAAAGACUUUUAAAAUUCUAAUUUACAUAAGUUGUCCCUGAUAAUAGAAAUUUGUACUUAGCUGAGGCAGAAAAUUCAGUAUCUCAAGAGGUGGUCUUAGGAUGGCAGCAUUAAUUAACCCUUCACGUUUUAGAAGCCCCUGGCAGCGCUGGACCGCUGUGGGUAAGCACCCCUGUUCUGUGGCCCUGUCCUUUGUCCUUUAAGCUCCCCCUGCUCUCCUUCUACUUUCCCCUUCAAAACCUGUUUCUGAGAAUGAUGUCAAGUGACUUGAUACCUUCAAUGAGAUGUUACCUAUGGCAGGUGUAUCUAAAUUAUAAACCUAGGAACAGGUCAUGGAACCUCAGGGGAUGAAUGUGGGUUCUUCCUAGUGCCUCUGACAUCAUGUCAUGUAGGUGGCUGCCUCCUUAGGCUAAUCGUUGGGAGAAAAAAACCCAGACUUUGGAUUACAAACAGCUCUAAGAUGGUCAUGAAGUGUGAUAGGAAAGCCAGUUUUUCUCAUUAUUUUUAAUGCUUAAUUAUUUUCUCAUUAAUUUUAUAGCAUGUAAUAAUGUGCCAUUACACAUGUAAUAAUGUGCCAUUAGCUAAUGCCACGCUUAUGUAUUUCUAGAGCAUAAAGCACUUUUUCACAAAUUCAUCUUUACAGAAAAUCGGGAUCUAGCUUAGCAUCUUUCCCCUCUUCAUUUGUAGGCUUUUUAAAAGCAAAUUAUUCUAAUCAUCACUUAAUGCUGUGAUUAUACACAUUCUAGAAAUGAUUCUUCUGAGAGGAAUAUAUAGUAUGGUGCCUGUCUAUACUCACAUGAUGUUCCUAUUUAUGUAUUUUUUCACAAUAAGUGGCAAAUCUUUUAAAAUACUUGAAAACACACCCUAGAGUCUAGUAUACUUUAGACUGAACCUAAGGUAGGUUGUUCCUUUAGCAGAGGGCUUACGUUUAAGUAAAGGAUAUAACAUAUCAAAAUACAUUAACAGAUGGAAAGUUCUAAAAAAAGAAGAAAUUGGGUAUUAUUUUUGUUUCAUGAGAAACUCAAGCAUUUUGUUGAAUGUUUAGAAUUGAGCAAAGAUUUAGAUUUCUUGAGGGCAGUUUAGAGAAAUGAACUAUGUAAAUGAACUUAAGAUGUUUAUAUAUGAUGCUGUGCAGUUUGUUUUUAUAUAGAAAGACGUUACCUAUAGCCAUACCCAAUAACAUAAAAACUGAUGAGGCAUGCAUCUUUCAGCACAUCUUUUAUACAUAAAAAAAAUAAACACAAUUUAGUGUUGCUAUGGUGUUGAAAUACUUAAGAAAUUAUGUCCUGUAUCUAUGUAAACAAUAUUCCUUUAAUAAACUGUAUUUUAUUCUUAA